ACCCUGAGGAAUGAGACGGUCCCCGGGCCAGAGAACUGCACCUCCCCAGCCCUCUGUUGGUGUUCCCAGGACCUCUGCUACACUCUACAUAACAUCUCAGAGACCUACAACAUACAGACAUGUAAUCAUAUCUUUGUGAACGUGGACCUGUCUGACCUGGCGAUAGGCCUGAUCCUGCUGGCUCUGUCUCUCCUGGUGCUGUGUUCCUGUCUCAUCCUCAUCGUCAAGCUGCUCAACUCCAUGCUGAAGGGACAGGUGGCGGUAGUCAUCAAGAAGGUGCUCAACACAG